UUUUUUUAAAGAAAAAAGUAUAUUGUAAAUUAUGUCUACUAUUUUACGAUUACUGCGACCUUGCAACUUUCACCAAUAUGCUUAUAAAGGUGUGCUCCAAAUCCCGCAAACUUGUACACACAGCUCACAAUGUUUGGCCAAAGGUUUUCAGAUCAAAAAUUUAAAUUACAAGCAAUUAGCUACAUCGGCACACAUUUAUAAUCAGAAUGUCCCAAAAGGUUUUGAAAAGUUCUUUAAACCAAAGAAAGCAAAAGAGGAAGAUGAAAAGGGUAAACAAAAGUCUGAACCACCAAAAAUGGAGAACAAAGAAACUAAAAAUACAAAGAGUCAGCCAAAACAGAAAAGUAGUGAACAAGAUGACUAUAUGAAAGAUGUUGAACAAACUCUUAAAAAGCUUUUCAAAGAUAACCCUGCGUUCAAAGAUCCCGAUGCAAAAAAUAAUUUAAUCACCAUUGCGCUGCUGAUUAUAGGUGUUCUUGUUUUACACAAUUACAAUCAACGUAAAACAGAAAUAACCUGGAAAGAAUUCACAACGCGAUUUCUUGCGAAUAAAAUGGUAGAAAAAAUUGUUGUAAAAGAUUCCUCUAGAGCAGAAAUAAUCGUUUCUUCAAUGCCUGGACAAACGUUGACAUUUAAUAUUGGAAGCUUGGAUUCGUUGGAGAGGAAUUUGGAACAUAUUCAGAAUGAAAUGGGUGUUCCAAUCUCUGAAAGAGUUUAUGUUCAAUAUGAAAACUCUGUAUCUUGGGGCAGAAUGUUUUCCACGUACGUCGUGCCAGCUAUUAGCAUUUUUAUAAUGUAUCGAUUUUUAAAACAAGGAAUUAACCUUACCCCAAGGACCAAACCAGGAGCUUCAAAAAGUAAAAUGUUCAACCCAUUCUCGGUUGGUGAAACAACAGCACAAGUGAUUAAACAGGGAGAUAUCAAGGUUUCAUUUAAAGACGUAGCAGGUUGUGAAGAAGCAAAAAUUGAAAUCUUGGAAUUUGUAAAUUUCCUAAAAAAUCCAAAGAAGUAUGAAGAGCUUGGUGCGAAAAUACCAAAGGGUGCAAUUUUAUCUGGUCCACCAGGUACGGGUAAGACUUUACUUGCAAAAGCAACCGCAGGUGAAGCAAGUGUUCCAUUCAUCAGUGUUAGUGGAUCAGAGUUUCUCGAAAUGUUUGUUGGUGUUGGUGCUUCAAGGGUUCGAGACAUGUUUACACUGGCAAGGGACAAUGCACCUUGCAUUUUGUUUAUUGAUGAAAUUGAUGCUAUUGGUCGAAAACGCUCAGAGAAAGGAUUUGGUGGAAAUAGCGAAGCUGAUCAAACCUUGAACCAGUUGCUUGUAGAAAUGGAUGGUUUUAACACUGUUGGCACAAAUGUGGUUGUCUUGUCUGGUACAAACCGCAGUGAUGUACUCGACCCUGCAUUGCUACGACCCGGUAGAUUUGAUCGGCAGAUUCAUGUUGGGUUACCUGACAUUAAAGGAAGAUCCUCCAUAUUUAAAGUUCAUCUUAAACCACUAAAAACCGAUCUUGAUAAAAUUGCACUUUCAAGAAAAAUGGCAGCAAGAACACCCGGAUUUUCCGGUGCGGACAUUGCAAACAUUUGUAACGAAGCUGCUUUAAUUGCUGCUCGUGAAGCUGCUACUUCAAUUGAGGACAAACAUUUUGCUUCAGCAAUUGAAAGAGUUGUAGCAGGUCUUGAGAAGAAGUCUCAGGUGUUACAACCAAAUGAAAAGACGACUGUUGCUUAUCAUGAAGCUGGCCAUGCAGUUGUAAGCUGGUUUCUUGAACAUGGUGACCCGCUUCUUAAAGUUUCAAUAGUUCCUCGUGGCAAAGGUCUUGGUUAUGCUUUAUAUCAACCAAAAGAACUAUACCUUUACACUGCUGAACAAAUUAGAGAUCGUAUGUGUACUGCUUUGGGGGGCAGGUGUGCAGAAAAGAUAUUUUUUGAUCGUAUAACAACUGGAGCGCAAGAUGAUCUUCAAAAAGUUACGCAGAUGGCUUAUGCGCAAGUAACCCAGUAUGGAAUGAGUGAAACUGUUGGCCAAGUUUCUUUCACAGACAAAGGUAACAGUUUACACAAACCAUUCAGUGAAGCCACUGCUCAACUAAUAGAUGAAGAAGCACGUCGAAUUAUAAAUGAGGCGUAUGAAAAAACAUUGGCCUUAAUUUCAGAGAAAAAAGAUUUAAUUGAAAAGCUUGCCCAGCGUUUGCUUGAACAAGAACAUCUUGAGCGACAAGAUUUAGUGGAAAUACUUGGAGAACGACCAUUUAAAGAAAAAUCGACAUAUGAAGAUUUUGUUGAAGGGACUGGUGGGGAGGAGGAGGAUGUUGAACUUCCAGAAGGACUUAAAGGAUGGAAUGAUCCUCCUCAAACUACUGAGAAGUCAACAACCUCUGCAGUAUAAAACACUUUUGAAUAAAUCGUUUGUAUUGUGCACAAAAAUACAAAUACAUUCGUGUUAGAAUGUGAGCAGGCAACUAGGUAAAAAUAUGCAACAUGAUUAUAAAAACUUAUAAAAAUAUAAAAUGCAUAUAUGUAUGCUAAAAUUU